AUGUGUUCACAGCAGCAUGCAGGUCGAGGACAAAUCGACGACUCAUUCGAGGCCGCUCCAACAUGCGCUUCUUCAUACGAUUGUCGAGAAUUUACCCUAUGGACUACAGAUACUUCUACUUGUGACACAUUACCUGCAUGCGGAGAUGUUGGAGGGUUGUGCAUUGCUUCUUCUGAAUCAGGCAACUGCACAGGUGUUCUCGACCCCAAUGGUUGCGUAGAGACAGCUGCUCCUGUUGCAAGGGAGGUUGCGACGAGACGGUCAGGUGCACAGGUGCUGGAGGCUACUGCUUCCGAAAAGACGGUCCCCACGUGUGUCCCGGGAAGGUCUUCAAAUUCUGUGGUCAGAGGGACUGUCUCUGUUGCGUGGAUCCUCACGGGCAUGGCAACGGUAACGGGUAUGGUAACGGCAACGGCAAUGGCAACGGUAACGGGAACGGGAACGGGAACGGUCGGUAAUGGAGAGGAAUCGAGAUGAUCAGACCGACCGCCAAACUUCAAUGGCUAACUUUGCAACGAGAGGACUGAUUCCAAAUUGAGUGAAACUAUUCUUUUCAUCAUAAUCGCAAAUUGAAGACUUGUUAUUU